GCAUCGCUGAGAUCGUUUCUUAAGCAACCCUUCCCCACAUUUAACCUUCUUCAUUUCAUUACCUAUCAAAUCAACAGUGUUGAUUUUCACGGUUCACGCGAAGGACAUCUUUUACGUACCCAUUCUCAGUUAUUAGGACGCCGCCUGCGCCUAUCAUGGUCACCAUGUCCGCUUCCAACGGCCAAGACGACGACAAGGAUAAGAACCUCUACUUUGGCUUAACAAUCGCACGCAGUGAUGGCAAGGGAUACGAUAACCUCGACCACAAUGCACUAGAUCCCAAGGAGGACCAGGACGUUGCGCAGCUUGAACGUUGGGAAGUCAUCAUCGGUGGUCAUUUGCAGCAUCAACUCGGCCUCCCAAUCGACAAGCAGUACAAGCUCGCCGUUCUACCCAAGGGGUACGAGCUGCGAUGCGCCAUCCGAAAGGACGGUGGUAGAGACUACUACCUAUACGGUCACCCGGCUGGCCGCAAGGCUGUUUAUCGGACUCCCGGUGACUUCGUCUUGCACGCCCUCUUCCUGCUCAGCAACCACGCUGGCUACAGUCAGUGUUCCUGCGAUCUGUGCUGCAAGAUGAUCGAGUCUCAGAAGCUGAGGCAAACCGAUCAACAACACGCACAGAAAAUCCAACAGGUACUGGGGCAAAAGCAAAGGCAGCAGCAAAUAGAGCAGCAGCAAAAACAGCAGGAGCAGCAGCAGAAAGAGCAUGAGCAACAGCAACAGCAACAGCAGCAGCAGCAGCAGCAACAGCAACAGCAACAGCAACAGCAGCAACAACAACAACAACAAAAUCAACAGAUGCAACAGGCGCAACAGGCGCAACAAAUCAUGCAACAAACUCAACAGCAACAACACCAGCAACAGGGACAGCAGCAAGCUCAGGGCAACCCUCAGGCACAGGUAUUUGCGGCCCCAGGGGUUACAAGUCUCACAAAUGUCUUCCGCGCAGGCGAGUUGGUAUGGUACAAGCAUCAGGCUUGGAGGCUCGGCGUGAUCCUAUCGAUUGCUCCCAAGAGGCAAACGCCAGGCCCUGCGCCAGACGCGGCCUUUAACUUCUUGGUGGCACCGUUGGGCCACCGGACGUUGGGACAACAAAGCUUCUAUAUCGACGCCAAGUCCAUGCGCCCGUUCCUUACGUUUAGUGUCCCAGGUGUUGGCGAGAACUUUUCGAGUUUGGCGAACCGGACAUACGACUCGAUCGACUGGCCGACAUUCUCGGUCCAAUAUUGUCAGAGUCUGGGCCUCACGGAUCCCAGUCAGCUAGACAUCGCCAGGCAGACCGUCGGACUCGAAGCGUCAAAGUUGGCGGCCAAGUACAUCAAUGAUUGCUAUUCCACAUUCAACAAACUGAACAAUUCGAACGUCAGUGGCGCCCAAGAUACCCUCUUUCAUGAAGGCGUCUAUCUCGGGGCUGAGAUGAUCCGUGUUGGGGAUCCUGUACGCGUCGUUGGAGGCCAUGUUGGUAACGGCCAGAACAAUGGUGGUACUGAGACGAACGCUGUCAUGCUUGUAUCGGAGAUUGCUACGGAUACCCACGGGAUGAAUAUCCGGUUUAAGGGUAAUCUUUUCCAGACCGUCCGGUCUACUCCGCCCAUGCCACCCAACGUGGUCGCGCCGGAGUCCUUGGGUCCAGUCUUUAUUGAAGAGGUCAUGUCAAGAAACGAGAUCGAAAAGUACAACAAGGCGCGCUGGGGGUGGGCGUUAGUUGAGCGGGACGCGGUGCGGACUGAGGUUGACACUCUAGGCCGGUUCUAUGUGACGCAUCGGUUGAUGAACAUUAUUGACCCGGCGCGGUUCACAGCGUCGGUCCAGAAAGGGGUUGUGGAGGAUGCGCACGCAUACCUGAACAACCGAGCCCAUAGCGGCAACGGUCGAUUCAAUGGAAAAGCGACGCGCGCUGACACGUUGGGGAUGGCUGUGAAUGCGAUGUUCGCCGCACCGGAGGGCAUGGACGAGGAUUUCUAGGAAAGUUGACUUUUCAGCGACGUGGCUAGGAUAUCAGGCUAUCCCACGAUGUAUUAAAUAACGUUGCAUGGGUUUGCAUUUGAAUGUGAAAGAUGCUUGAACAGAGGACAACGAGCGGCGAGGCAUAUCAAGCAUCAAGAAUCAUGCAAAAGAACUACGCGAUCUAGUCAGUACGAAACGAUUCUGAAAUCGGUGGCAGAGGACGAAGGUCUGGAAUGGUUUGCUGGGAGAGUACCUCCUCGUAACUCGAUACAGAUAAUUGUUGUAAUCAGGAAGGGAUUUGGUUAUGAAGAAUGUGUGCAGGAUGUUGCGCCCUGAUUAGCAUGGCUUGGUGUAAUUACACUUUGCUCCUGUUGUUAGUAUGCUGUUAGUAGGAACAAAAACAUUCGAGCC